AUGGAGAUGACUUUUUCCCUCAGAAGAAAAGAGAUUGUGAUGGAAGAGCCUCUUGUCUUGGAUGUCCAGAGACAAUGGCCCGCAUUGUUUUUGCCUGAACAGAUUUCUGCUGAAUUUUUCCGGAUCACACAAACCCACCUGAUGAACCGAUUCUUCUCAUCUUUGGAUGAGUAUGCGCCUAAGAUUAUCAGGUUGUACAGGGCACGUGCUGCGCUGUGGGGAAAAGAUAUGAAGACCCUGUUGGAGAAUCUUGACGAUCAGACCACAGAAGUACUUGCCCACCGAAAAUCUGCUGCUCUUAAAGGUCUGCCGUUGAUCAUGAGGGAUGAGUCUAAAAGUUUCCUGAGAACCUGUCUGGACAUGCAGCCUCGAGAAAAUCAUGUUGGUGGCAUGAAGAUGGGAGUGUUAACCAUUGUUGAGGAUGAUGUUGGGACUGUUGACUCAAUCCCAAACGCGAGGUUCUUUACUGUGGUGCUUGAGGAACAGAUAGUCAUUGAUGAAGUAAGUGACCUGCCGACAGCAGUUGCACUCCUGUUCGGUCUUGUGUAUGCCCUGAACAUGGCGUACCCAAAGGAACUGAAAUACACGUUCGAAACGAUUCAGAAGUUGUUCAUGUGCCUGGAUACCAAAUGCUCAGCGAGAGUGCAAACCUUCAAAAACAAAAUGUUAAUGUAUUAA